AUGGAUUGCGAUGGAGCUGAAAGCGUAAUGAGCGACGAAAGUGGCCAAGCUACUCACUUCUUCAAGCCCCUUCUUCAGCAAGCCCAGAAGAAAGAGGAACAACAACACAACUCUCCACAACUCGAAGAAAUUGGCUUCUUCUGGUACGCGUCGCUCGCAGAACUUUCCCAGCGUUUCUUCCGUAACUCCGUAACUUGUCGUCCUUACGCGUCGCGCCACGUGUUACGCCACAACUCCCCUGCCAGAAGUCGGACGCGGACACAGCAGCGGAAGGUUGGUGGUGCCGGUGCGGGACGAGGUCGGGGGGAAAGUUGGUUUUCGAAAAAGGACAAGGCCAGCUUCCUGCAGGACCUGCAGCUGUUUCACGACCGGAUUUUGACGCAGUUUAUGCGGUUGCCGAAGAUCGGAGGUCGGGAUGUGGAUUUGCACCGGUUGUAUUCGGUGGUGGUGGCCAGGUGGACGAUAUUGAAGUUGAAGCAGAUUUACAUCCGCUUUUCGAACAAGUACGAUAAAGUAAACUUUAACGGUGAGGAGAAGGAUCCGACGGAAGAGGGAAACGACGAGAAGCGCCAUAAUCGGAGGUGGUCAGCGCGGAUGUUGCACUCGGUGCCAGCGGUUUACGACCAUCAGCAGCAUUAUGUGCCGGAAGUGAUGACGGAACAGUGUGGGAUGUCCUGA